AUGGAGCUAGUAGCUCCAGUAGAGCUUGAGGUGAGGGCAGUCGUGGAUUGGCUCCUACUUCCUCCCAACCCUCCAAAGCACAACCACCUACCAAGAUCCCAACAAUCCAGUGGGAGGGCACCACAAGAUGUCGAUGAUGAUAAUGGCUUUGGUCACAUGGACCUUCAGCCAGAGUCAUCUGGUAGUGAGAGGCAUCGAGGGUGUGAUGAAAUCCUUGACAGUGCACUCUCUGUGGGCCCAUCACCAUCUGGUUCUCGUUCAACAUCAGAGUCUCGUAAGUGGCCGCACGAUAUUGGGGCAGAUGUUACAAAGAAGUUGGCUGAUGCCUCUGACUCCCUCCUACUCCAUGUGCAGAAUAAAUCGGAUGUCAGGGCCUCGAGCAAGCGGAUGAAGUUCGAAUAUGCUAGGUUUUCCAAGGAGUUGAAGGCUCACGAGGCUCAUGCUGAGCAUGAACAUGACUCACGUCAGGUCAUGGCUAAUCACGAUCAUGAAUGUGCCAUAUCCGAAGACAAGACAAGGCAACUUGAGUUGGAAAUCUGA